CAGUGUGUCCGGGUCACGAACACAGUGCAGGUAAGGUAUCAAGACACACGAGAGAACGUUCCUAAAUACUAUCCAGAUUUGAGAAUCAAACAAAGACUACGGCGUCUCUGUUGGACGUCAAGUUCGACAAUGGUGAAGGCAAAGAAGUUCGUGAUCGCUGCAAGGUUCGACGGACUGCCGAAGGUGAGCGACUUUCAGCUCGUAGAGGAAGACACGCCGGAACUAAAGAAUGGAGAUCUUCUUUGCGAGACCUUGUUCAUUUCUGUGGACCCAUAUAUGAGGCCUUUUGGCCGCUCCCUAAAGAAGGGCGACACCAUGAUCGGGGAGGUAGUGUCACGGUGGGUGUCAAUGAAUUAUUACGUGAUCGAGUCCAAAAGCAAGAAAUACCCCGUAGGAACCACAGUGCUGGCCGGGUACGGGUGGCGCACACACGCUGUCGUGCACGAGGACGACAAACAUCCUCUCCCCACCGCACAACUUCGGGCGGUUCCCGCAGACUUCCCCAAGGAACUGUCUCCUGGGCUCCUGUUGGGGGUUACCGGUAUGCCGGGUAUGACGGCUUACUUUGGACUCAUUGACGUCUGCCAGGCAAAGUCAGGGGAAACCGCUUUCGUCAACGCUGCCGCGGGGGCUGUCGGGAGUUUGGUGGGACAAAUUGCCAAGAUCAAAGGCUGUAAAGUGAUCGGCUGUGCAGGAACUGACGACAAGGUCACCUGGCUCCGUGACCUUGGCUUUGACUACGUCUUCAACUACAAGACCAAGUCUCUGGGCGAGGAACUCAAGAAAGCCGCACCUGAAGGCAUUGACUGUUACUUCGAUAACGUUGGAGGUGACUUCUCGGUGUCUGUCCUGAACAACCACAUGAAGGACCAUGGCCGUGUGGCCGUCUGUGGGAGCAUCUCCACAUACAACAACCCGGAAGCAAAAGGUCACUAUUUCUUUGAAACCAUCAUCACCAAGAGGCUGAAGCUGCAGGGAUUCUUCGGCGCGGAGUACCAGGCGGACUGGCCGGCCGCUACCACACAGGUGGCGAAAUGGAUCGUGGAGGGCAAGGUCAAGCACAAGGAGCACGUGACCAAUGGAUUUGAUCAGACACCCCAGGCUCUGAUUGGUGUGCUGACUGGCAAGAACACCGGCAAGGCUAUUGUCAAAAUCUAAUAAGUAGCAUCCGUUAAUAACUUCAUCAGGUUGGCAAUUAUUCAUAUAGUAAGGUUUUUAAGGCACAGCCAGGGAGUACUUACUUCCAACGUUUCGAUGUCUUUCAGACACCAUCAUCAGG